CUCCCCUGCAAUGGCAAAACGCAGUAACUCAAGUUACUAGGUUUUGGCUUUGUAGCGCCAGAUGGAUUGGUCACCUUCCGAGCUAUUUGCUACUACAAAUAACUUUAUUAUAGGCCAAUUAGAAUCAUAGAUACAGGCAUAGGAGGAAUCGUAUCUCCCACAGUUUUGCUGGAAUUACUAAAUCAAAAAACUGCAUUUGAAGUUGCUGGUAUCUGUUCGGUUAUUUUACACAGUCAUGCGCUGAAUGCUAAAAGAAAGCAACGUAUCUGCAGUUGCUGUGUUUUGGAAUAGCAAAAUGUUCUGUUAUUUGUCAUAUACUGCUACGUAUCUCUAGUUGCCCUAUUUCAAUAUGGUAAAUGCAGCACAAAUUUGGCAACAUUAGUAGGAGUUAGUUUUGCUAACCAACAGAUAUAUCAUUUGUGAGUGAAUCAGUUAAAAACGCAUUGUAUAAGUUCCAAAAUCAUGAACACACGAGGAAAACGUUUGGUACAGAUGGCCCUGAAAAGGUCGCUACCUGAAGAAGUCGAUUCCGACUCAGAAGUAGAUGAUUCUGAUCUUGAUCCAGACUUCGACCCAGCUCUGGAACACCCUAAGAAAAUUAAAUCUUAUUUUGGUCCAGAGGACUUGCUCCUUGAUAUUUCGAAAGUCCAUAACGAGACAACACCAACUAAUCCAUCUACGAGUAGCUUGAACGAUAAACCUGUUGUUAGUCAUUUGGGUGACCUUCCAGAAGUCUCCUCUCUGGUCGCAAAUAACAAUGAAGAUGCUACUGAGUUGUAUUUACGUGAUAUGCUUGAGGCAGCAUUACAAUCAGUUUUUGAAAUUGUUGAAAAUCCGAAUAAGAAGAUGAAAAGACUUCGCAAAGAGAAAGAGAAAGUGAGAAGGAACCUCGAAUCACAUAAGCUGCUUCCUCCUUGCUUGGAAUCUUGUCGCAAGCAUUGCAGUACAAAAAUUGAUGAAUAUUCAAGGCAAAAAAUAUUAGAGAGCUUCUGGAAAUUGAAUUUUUCUCAACGAAGGUUGUAUUUGACAGCAUAUGUUAAAGAAGAAAACGUCAAAACUAGAACUACCCAGGGAAACUUUUCUAAAAGAACCUCCACGUUAAAGUACUACCUACCUCAAUAUGGAGAAGAUUCUCGAUCAGAACUCAGAGUCUGCAAAACAAUGUUUCUUCAUACUUUAGGACAAAGAAAUGAUUCCAUCAUCACUCAACAUCUGAAAGCUAGAAGGAGAAUAGACAGCAAUGUAGAAAUCAAAGAUAGAAGAGGAGAAUCAGCUAGAAGAUCUGCGCAAAUUCAAAAGGCUAUGACAGAUACCGUAAUCGAGAACCAUGUAAACUCUUUCCAUCCAUAUGUUUCUCAUUAUAAAUUAGACCAUGCUCCCUUACGACGAUAUCUUUCACCUGAGAUAAAUAUUUCGCUUAUGUGGAGAGAUUUUUGCACGAGCAGACAAAAAAUAUCAUACGAGAAGUAUAGACAAGUUGUUGAUAAGCUCAAUAUUGGCUUCGAUCAUCCCUCUCAGGAUGAUUGUGGAGUUUGUAGUAAGUACUCAAUUCAUAAUGGAGAAACAGCUGUUGAUCUUAGUCAUAAUCCUGCCGCAUGUGAAACUUGUAUCAAGCAUAAUGUGCAUAAGACACACUACACUUCAACUAGGCGUGCUUACAAGGAAGAUAAAGACCGUGACUGGCAAAGAGGAAUUGAAAUUUAUACUGUAGAUCUACAGAAAGUUCUGCUCCUUCCCAAGAUGACUACUAAAGAGUCAUUUUUCAUACCGAGGCUAGUGACUUUCAACGAGACAUUCGCUCCCUUGCACAAAGAUGAUAAUAAGUGUUAUGUCUGGCAUGAAGCUACUAGAGGACGCAAUGCUCCAGAUAUUGCCUCAACGUUCUAUCAUGUCAUUAAAAAUUCUAACCCAAACGUUAUGUCUUUUAUCUUUUGGAUGGAUAACUGCUCCGCCCAAAAUAAGAACUGGACGUUGUAUACAAUGUUUGCCUGUUUGGUGAAUGCAGAUUGGGGACCGGAAAACAUCAUUGUGAAGUACUUUGAGCCAGGACAUUCUUUUAUGAAGGCUGAUUCAGUACAUGGACAAAUAGGACGCGAGUGGAGAAAGCGUAAACAAAUAUUGGACGUUAAUGAUUUUGUUGAUGUGAUAAAUGCAUCGUCUAAGAAAAAUAAACCAAUAGUUAUGCGUCACAGUGAUUUCUAUCCUUUUAUCGAUGGCUCCAAACAACGCCGUAAAAAUAUAUCUGGGGAAGUAAAUAUUCCGCUGUUAGACCAAAUCAAGAUUGCCGAGUUCAGAAAAGGUUCCAGGUCUCUAUUCUACAAAACAUCGUUUGAUGAGACUGAAUACGCUGAGGCGAACUUUUUAAAGAGUAAGUUUGAUAUAAAUCAGCAGCCUGUAGCUUAUAGUAAUGAUAGAGGGAUCAACACAGCAAAAAACAAAAAAUAG